AUGGAUUUAACAGUAGAACCAAACUUACACUCUUUAAUUAAAUCUACUACUCAUAAGUGGAUUUUCGUCGGUGGUAAAGGUGGUGUCGGUAAGACCACCUCAUCAUGUUCCAUUGCCAUUCAAAUGGCUCUCGCUCAACCUUCCAAACAAUUCUUAUUAAUAUCUACUGAUCCUGCACAUAACUUGAGUGAUGCAUUUGGGGAAAAGUUUGGUAAGGAUGCUAGAAAAGUUACCGGGAUGGAUAAUUUGUCAUGUAUGGAAAUUGACCCAAGUGCAGCUUUGAAGGAUAUGAAUGAUAUGGCAGUGUCACGUUCUAAUGAACAAGGUGGAGCAGAUGAUGGUUUGGGCAACUUAUUACAAGGUGGUGCUUUAUCUGAGCUGACUGGUGCCAUUCCUGGUAUCGAUGAAGCUUUAUCUUUCAUGGAAGUGAUGAAACACAUUAAGAAGCAAGAGAAUGGGGAAGCUGAAAGUUUCGACACUGUUAUCUUUGACACUGCACCAACAGGUCAUACUUUAAGAUUCUUGCAACUACCAAACACUUUGUCUCAGUUGUUAGAGAAAUUCAGUGAAUUGAGUGGGAAAUUAGGUCCUAUGUUAAACAUGAUGGGUGCAGGUAACGUAGACAUUGCCUCUAAAUUAAAUGAAUUGAAAGCAAAUGUAGAAACCAUCAAACAACAAUUUACUGACCCCGAUUUGACUACUUUUGUCUGUGUUUGUAUUAGUGAAUUCCUAUCUCUGUAUGAAACGGAAAGAUUAAUUCAAGAAUUGAUCUCAUAUGAUAUGGAUGUCAACUCAAUUAUCGUCAACCAAUUACUGUUUGCUGAAUACGAUCAAGAACAUAACUGUAAGAGAUGUCAAGCCAGAUGGAAGAUGCAAAAGAAAUAUUUGGAUCAAAUCGACGAAUUGUAUGAAGAUUUCCACCUGGUAAAGAUGCCUCUAUGUGCUGGUGAAAUCAGAGGCCUAAAUAACUUAAAGAAAUUUUCUCAAUUCCUGGAUAAGGAAUAUGAUCCAACCGCAGAUGGUAAAUUGAUCUACGAAUUGGAAGAUAAGGAAUAG